CUUAGGUCCGUCUAUGAUGGGAGGCGUGUUCGAAAAGCAGUGACCGAUGAAAUUCUCUUCGAGCGAUGUCUUUUUCUGUAGGUGCGGUCCGUCUUAGAAAAGGAAGUAUAUGUUGACAGCAUACUCUUUUGUCUUUCUCUUUCCAUCAGUUUGAAGGUGCUUCGUCCGUGCACGCCUGUCACUCCUGAUUCGUUUCGUCGUUCGUGGUUUUGCAGAACAAGGUGCCACCUGUAAUUCCUUUCAACCUGAAAGCAAAAAUGACGACAGCAAUCACGUGAGUGGGUGGACGAGGACGGCGUGGCUGAGUACUACUCGACGUGCGCAUAACCCAUCAACAAGCCACUGAAUCUGAAGGACGCGGCGCGGCCUCCCUCGAAAAACUGUUCAUUGUCGUGGAGCCAGCCUCCAGAUGAGCCACUUGGAUCGAGACGCUUCCGCCUCCUGAUACUUACUACUAGCUGCGUGUCCCGCAACAUUAAAAACCAAGCUUCAACAAGCAACGACUACGACUGAAUCUUGACUGUCCGUCAACUACGUGCUGCACAACAUCAACAAGUAAGAUGCGAGGCCUUUGCAUCCCCGCGGAUCGCGUGUGCUGUGGGUGCCUGUCUAUCAACCAAGCAGCGAUCUCGGUGUGUUUCUACUACGUUUUCACCGGCAUCGUGCAGAUUGUGUCCAUCUUCGCGAUGGCGCCGACCAAGCAGGAAGCGGAUAAGGAGCACCAUUUGACCAGAACAAGUACAACCACUUCUCGCUGGUGCCUUGUCGCGAAAAAAACUGCUUCAUCGUGCAUUUGCAUGUUUAUUUUACCUAGCAGGGGUUGUCCAGCCAAUACAGCAUGGUGAAUAUGUUCGGCGUGCGCUGGUUGUACUAUCUCUUCGAUGCUCCAGUAACAGGAAGAGAAAUGCCUUUGUUACUGCACAUUCGCAAACUCGAAUUUAACGAUCUCAGGUGAUUUCCUGGCCCAGCUUCAUAUUUUCUACCAAAUCCUCGGAUUCGCGGUCGGUACCAGGGGAUACAGAGGGGUAGCUUUACGGGAGCCACAUAACGUGCGCAUUGCGUUUCUCUUCACGUGCAGUUACGCAUCUAUGGCACUGUGCGGCCUCAUGAGGGUAUAAAAGCUUAGAAUGAGUUAGAAUUUGAGUUCCUUAUUUCGCACGUCGAUUCGGCAGGUCUGUUGACCGCGAAACCAUCAAUGCCGCACCAACAGUUCCAGCGCAUGGUUUGUAGUUCUUCUAAGUUGCAUUGGAAAGGCGUGCUGUUGUUUAAUCAAAUAUGCAAAAUCAAAAUCACGAACAGCUUUCCGUGGUGUGUGACGAAUAUCCAGAAGUGGAGUGCGCCAAGCUAAAAGCCGUACUCGCCGGGUCAGUGGGAUGCGAGUUUUUCUUGUAAGAACAUUGAUUUUCGAAAGAAUUACACUUUCUUGUUCUUGAUGGACGUGCACUGGUGUCACCUUCGAUGGACUGUUCUCUUUGUAAUUUACUUACAUGAGAUCAGCAUUCUGUCACUUUCAGGUUUACCUACUUCGCCUACAUUCUGUGGAGUUGUUGCGAAAAGCUGACCGCCGGUGCAGGGGACGUGCUCCCGAGGUUCAUGCUGGACGAGAGCCUGAUUUCCACCAACCAGCUUCCCGUGCCGCAGCAACGAGGUUCGCAGACACCGCUCACCGCACCAAUAGAACCCUUCAGCGGACAGGGACACAGGCUGGAGUGAGACAGAAAAAUUUACUACAUGAUUUACAAAGAUUAGACUCAUCUUUUUAAAUGAUUUUCAUUUUGUUGAAUGCACAUGGUCACAGGUUUCCAAUAGCAAUAGAAAUGAACAGCGGAAUACAAGGACGGGAAGCAAUUUGAAGAACCUUCUGUUGCACCUUUUUGUGUACGAUAUGACAUUAGGAAUAGGAAGACAUGGGGGAAAUUGAAGUAGGAAGCUCUAUUUGAUGAAGAAUGUUUCUCGUUCUCCGAUGAAAACUUAUCGCGGUAAAACCUGUAGGAGAAUGAAGGAUGGAGAAUUGAAGAUGGAGAACGCAGUUAUCAAAGCACGAAAUAAAAUUCCUGUACCUGAAGUCUGGUUGAUGCCGGUCAGUGCAAAACUCAUCCGCG